AUGAAGAAGAAGAAGAAGAAGAAGAAGAUGGAAGACAGAAUCAGCAUUCUCCCCAAUUGUCUUCUUCAUAAGAUUCUCUGCUUCUUGAACACACAACAGGUUCUACAAACUUGUGUUCUAUCGAAAAGGUGGAAGACCCUUUGGGACUAUAUUCCCGCACUCAACAUCUGUUCCAAACACCACAAGUUUAAACGUGCUUCAAGUGAGCGAGAGAGUUUGUUUAAACGCUUCAUCUUAAGAGUGUUAUCUGAACACUGCUGAACACAAAUGCAGAAGUUGAGAUACUCUGAUUUAUAAUUUGAUGGUGACAAUGUUUAUAAGUUGAGUUCUUGAUAUGCUAUGCACUUUGUCGCAAUGUUAAAGAACUUUACAUUGCCAACCUUUGUGUUGAUGAUGAUGUUUGUAACUGGAAAUACAGUUUCUCUGCAUGUAAGUCGCUCACUGUUCUGAAGAUAUUUUUUGAUUUUGGGGAUAUAUAGCUGGGGAGCAUUGGCGUUGCCAUCUUUGAAAA